UUUUGUCAUUUUCGUUAAAUUAAUGAACAAGAUUGGUAAUAUAGGGAGCCGGCUGUAACAAGAAAAGUAGAAGACAAAGUGCAGGCGGCAUUGCUGUUCAUAAUCUGAUCAAGCUCUGCUUUGGUGGAGGUGGACGCCAUGUCAACGAGUAACCUGAAACUGUAUUCAAAUUGGAUAAGCACUUGCUCAUUUCGGGUGCGAAUUGGUCUCAACUUGAAAGGCCUCAGCUAUGAUUAUAUUCCUAUCAACUUGGUCAAGGGAGAGCAGUUCAGUGAUGAGUUUACAAAGCUCAAUCCUAUAGGCUAUCUACCGGUGCUGGUUGAUGGUGAAUUUGUGGUUUCCGACUCAUUUGCCAUUCUGAUGUAUUUGGAAGAGAAAUAUCCUCAACACUCAUUGUUGCCUAAUGAUCCACAGAAAAGAGCUAUCAAUUACCAGGCUGCAAGUAUUCUUUCCUCGAGCAUGCAACCUUUUCAGAAUAUGGGAACCCUGAAGUACAUACAUGAAAAAAUAGGUCCAGAUGAGACACAUAACUGGGUCAAGUAUCAUCUUGAGAGAGGUUUUACUGCAUUAGAGAAGCUUCUAAAAAACUAUGCUGGAAGGUAUGCCACUGGAGAUGAAGCUUACUUGGCAGAUUUAUUUUUAGCGCCCCAGAUUUAUGCAGCGCUCAAGAAUUUUAAUCUUGGCUUGGCUGAGUUCCCACUCCUACUAAGGUUACAUGAGGCAUACAGUGAUCACCCAGCAUUUCAAGAUGCUAUGCCAGAGAAGCAGCCAGACUCUCCUCCUUCAAUCACUACUGCUACAUAAAUGGAUGCUCUGAGUAGCCACAUUUGGUUACAUUGCAGAAUCCGAGCCCGUCAUCUUGACAGUCUACGCUCGGUGCUGGAAAUAAAAGGCUUGUUCUUACCAUGAUGCUAAAAUCUCCUUGUUUCUUUUAUUGUAUCUAUUCUAUUGACUAUUGUAUGAAUGUGAGUUUCUGUAUGGAGCUACAAUAUAAAACUGGAUUGCAAUAAAGGGUGAGGGUGGUGUGCCAUCCUAUGAACAUUUUA